AUGGAUGUUGAGGGGCUAAAUAGAACAUUUAAUAAAGGAACCAGUAACAGGAAUGCGGGUCCGGUCAUCGACAGCACAGACACCGACCUCAGCGAUACAGAACCGUUCGCGAUUCAACAGGAGUAUGUUCCGGAGAAGUUGCUGAUUCUCAAACCCAAUAAAUUACCCGGUCCAUACCAGUUGAAGGCUACCAUUCUUAAGGAGUGCACUCAUACACUUUGA